CCAGUAGUCCUUGCUCCAGCUCCAUUCGCGCAUGCGCCGUGCUACCUACCGCAUGGCGUAAAUCCUCCUCUGGCCGCUAUCGCGGGGCGGGUCUUGAGUGGCUGGAAGGGCCCCCUGUUGUCAGAGUGGACAUGGCGGCCUGCCGCUUCAGGGCCGUGCUGGUAGCGCUGGGAGUGCUCAGGGUCUGUGCUGCUAGCUCCGGGCCCGGAGCACAAUCGGAGGCCGGAGGGGAGGCAGAGUGGGAGGAACCGUGGGAUGGCGCGGUUUUCCGUCCACCCUCGCCCCUGGGCGCGGUGGGCAUGGCGCGCAGUUCCGGAGGCUCACAGCCAGCUGAGGUGGCCGCCGACUUGCCGGUGCUGCUGUGGUGGAGCCCAGGGCUGUUCCCCCACUUCCCGGGGGACUCGGAGCGCAUCGAGUGCGCGCGCGGCGCGUGUGUGGCGUCCCGGGACCGGAGGGUGCGGGGAGACGUGCGGACCCGUGCGCUGCUCUUCUACGGCACUGACUUCCGCGCUUCUGAGGCGCCGCUUCCGCGCCUGGCGCACCAGAGCUGGGCGCUCCUGCACGAAGAGUCGCCCCUCAACAACUUUUUGCUGAGCCAUGGCCCGGGCAUCCGCCUCUUCAAUCUUACCGCCACCUUCAGCCGCCACUCGGACUACCCGCUGCCGCUGCAGUGGCUGCCCGGGACAGCUUACCUGCGCCGCGCGGCGCUGCCGCUGCAGGAGCGCAACGAGUGGCGACGCCGGGGCUACGCCCCGCUGCUCUACCUGCAGUCCCAUUGCGACGUGCCUGCAGACCGGGACCGCUACGUGCGCGAGCUGAUGCGCUACAUCCCGGUGGACUCGUACGGAAAAUGCCUGCAGAAUCGGGAGCUGCCCACCGCCCGGUUACAGGACACAGCCACAGCCACCACCGAGGAUCCAGACCUGCUGGCCUUUCUGUCCCGCUAUAAGUUCCACCUGGCUCUCGAAAACGCCAUCUGCAAUGACUACAUGACAGAGAAGCUGUGGCGUCCCCUGCACCUGGGGGCGGUGCCCGUGUACCGCGGCUCUCCAUCCGUGAGGGACUGGAUGCCCAACAAUCAGUCCAUCAUCCUGAUUGAUGACUUCGAGUCUCCUCAAAAACUGGCAGAAUUUAUUGACUUUCUGGACAGGAACGACACGGAAUAUAUGAAGUACCUGGCAUACAAGCAGCAGGGGGGCAUCACCAACCAGUUCCUCCUGGAGACUCUGAAGAAGCGAGAAUGGGGUGUGAACGACCCUCUGCUGCCCAACUACCUCAACGGCUUCGAGUGUUUCGUCUGUGACCAUGAACUGGCUCGGUUACAUGCCGAGAGAGCCCACACUGCCUCUCCUGGGGACAGCCCUGUUCCCAAACCUCACAUAGCCCAGCCCGCACACAUGGACUGCCCCAUGCCCACCCCGGGCUUUGGCAGAGUGGAGGAGAUCCCGGAUAAUGACAGCUGGAAGGAGAUGUGGCUGCAAGAUUACUGGCAAGGUCUGGACCAGGGGGAAGCUCUCACAGCCAUGAUCCACAAUAAUGAAACGCAGCAGAGCAAGUUCUGGGAUUAUCUGCAUGAGAUCUUCAUGAAAAGGAAUCAGCAUCUUUAGUUGCCUUCGAGCCUUUCACUUGUCAAGCUAAGGAAAUGUUAUUCCAUCAGGGGAAAGAGAAUCUGCUUUCACGAGCUCUUGAGGAACACCACAUUGUCCCAGAUUCAAGAUGAGCGCCAUCUUCACCAUGUUUCUGGGGUAGACAGCCCCUGCUCGAGGAGAGCUGAAGGCGUCCAGUUCCUUGAGCCCGUGUGAUGCUCACUUCUCUCACUGUGCCAUCUUCCUGAUUGUACUUGACAGCCAAAGGUGAGAAGUCACCAAAUGGUGACAUAAAAAUUCUCCUCUUGUAUCCCUCAAGCUCCGUAAGAGGUGGUGCCUUUCUCAGCUCUUUUGCUCUGCACUUGCUGUAUAAACGAUGGUGUGAGUAGAAAUGCAAAGCUGCUGGUCUGUUUUAUUUCGUAAAAUCAUUUACCCUGUCAUUCAUGAUAACAUUUUGUACUUUAAAUGCCUUUUCCUUUUCUGGUUUUGGGCCCUUCUCUACAAUUUCAGAUGUCACUGGUUUGUUUCUUAUGUAGCCUGUCAUUAGAAUUUGUUCCCAUCUCGGGUACAGAUUCAGUGGCUGAUAGUUGCCAUGGUGACUUCCUGAACUUUUUUGUUUUUGAUCAAAGAGGAAUACUAAGACUGGAAAUUGUGGCAGAAAAAUCAAAUAGCGCCCCUCAUUUACUUUAUAACUGAUU